UCGAGCCGCCGAGCAGUCAAGAGCCUCAGCAGCGAGACUACCCCAGCCAAGCCAACCAAGCAAUCAAGAUGCCCGUCAACCAGUGCAUGAGGAUGGUGCCCCUGAUGGGCCGCCGCCUGGCCGCGUCGCCCUGGCCCGUGCAGCCCGUCCGCGGCCUCUUCUCGCCGUGGUCGCGGCCCACCGACAUCGGCGCCCUGGUCCGCGACAUGGACCGCCAGAUGGACCACCUGGAGCGGCAGAUGUUCCGCGGCAUGCCUUCCUGGUUCCAGCGGCCCUCCAGCAUCCUGCUCAACGCCAUCGACCACACCAAGGAGGACGGCAACCAGUACCGCGUGGCCGUCGACCUGGCCGGCUUCAAGCCCGAGGAGAUCAAGCUCGCCCUGGACGACUCCGGCCGCCUCCUCACCAUCUCCGCCAAGUGCGAGCGCAGCGGCCGCGACGGCAGCAGGUUCGCGCAGGAGAUGAGCAGGACCAUCACGCUGCCCGAGUCCAUCGACACGGACAGCAUCACCUCCAUGCUGCACCAGGACGGCGUGCUGGCCAUCGAGGCGCCCUUCAAGGAGCAGCCCAAGGCGCCCCGCGAGGAGCCCCGGAGCAUCCCCAUCACCAGGGGCACCGCCGGCGCCGCCAUCGAGGGCCUGGAGCACCAGCAGCACGACAAGGCCGAGUCCAACUCCAGUUGAAGCGCAGGUUGCCGAAGCUCAGCUGUGAACGCCGAUUCAUCACGUGUCAUGAACCAUUUUGUCAAAUAACCCGCCGCAACGUCAAGUAGACCAUCAAGCAGUGUUUCAUUUUUAGUGCGUUGCUUGUAGAAUUGUUGCACUCGGUUGCAUCAUUCAGUAGUUGCCAUUGCGCCAUUGUCGUUGCAUCAUCCUUUAGGAACUAUUGUUAGUAGUGUCUCCAAAGAAUUGAUAUUUAUUGCAUCACCCAUCCUGGUGUAAAUCAGUCUCAAGUUAGCUCAGUUAGUUGUGUAUAGCUAAUUUUUUGCAUCAGCAGUGGAGUAAUUGAUGUAAGCAAACUAUGUUGCGUGUGUUGUACCAUGAAAUCUCGUGGUAUAAGUGUGAAUGUCCUAGUUUUAAUCAUGUUGGAACUUUUGUUUCAUUGACUGUAUUUUUUGGUUGUGUAUGUGUGUGUGUGUGUUUUUACUCGACCGUUCUUGUCUAGUCGACGCGGGUAUGGACUAUUUCCAUGAAUGAAUUAUAGUUAUUUUGAGACUGAUACUGUAUAUUUUAGAGUGUAAUAGGAUUUUUAAUUUAUAAUAAAAUGACAUUGAAUUAAAAUUA